AUGACUAUCUACAAAUUUCAGCAAGUGGGCAAGAAGUCCAAGGAAGAUGAACAGCCCGAAACUGUUAAGGAACCUCUGACUGCUGAAAAGGAAAAAGAUCCUGAAGCUUCAAAACUGCCAAAAGCAAUCCAUGUGACCUUCAUACCUCGGAGAUCCAAGACUUGCAUCAACAUGAGUCUCAUGUUCAUCUCUUUGAUAGUUCUUUCAGGGGGAGCCAUUGGAGGAAUCUACCUUUAUGGACAUCUCAAGCACACGGUUAUCCGUGGUCGUUGUGGUGUCAUUUACACUCAGGACUUAUUCAUGCAGAAAGACCCUCCUGUGCCAAUAGCCAGUGGUUUCCGUUAUAAUGACCAGAACCCAUCAAAAAAUGAUAUGUCUGUCUCUUUCUUUGAGGAAACUAUUGAGAUCACUGAUGAUUAUUAUGAACGAGUGGAAAUUCCAAAAUUUGAUGAAUGUGAGAAUGCUAUUGUCUUACAUGAUUUUGAAAGGAAUUUCACUGCUAUUGUGGAUAAAGACAUUGGCAGAUGUUUCAUCAUGAAACUGAACAGAUCAGUGAUUGCUCCCCCAAAAGAUUUGUGGGAUUUACUUCACAAAUUGAAAUCUGGAUAUUACAUGCCCCGUGCAACUGUUGUGAGAGAAACCUACUCAGUUGAAAUCCCUGCCUUGGAUAAUCUUUCUAUUCUAGGACCUUAUGUCAGAAGUGAAUGUAGUCGCUUCACUACAUUCAUGCUACGGAAGAUUAUUAAUCAGCGCCUCAAACGUUCUGCGGAAUCUUUAUCAAAUUCUGAGCAUUAUGGCUUUGCUGAUCACAAACAAAGACUUUGGAAGCUGAAGGUGUUCUUUCCGUGA